AUGGAUGCACUGAAGGAUCCCGUUAUUCUUACAGGCCCAUCAGCGCAAGACCAGCAACAUACUGGCAUAAGGCCAGCUGAACACCACCAACGUUUCAAGAACAGGCCCUACCUGCAAUGUCUCGAGACUCUCGAAGACGCGUUUCCGGCGCUCAAAUCGUUCUUGGAAAAGCUCGCCAAUGAAGAAGAGCCAGGCCGCAAGGCUGUCAAUUCACACUACCUUGAGCAACACAGGCGACCACCAGGACGAUGCUAUUGCUUGGAGUUCGAAGACGAAAGUGUCUCUGUGAUAGAAGAAGGCGUCUUUGAAAGCGCUGGCGCGCUGAGGGGAUAUUUGCAAAAGAAACCAGCCACGCAAAGUCGCAACGAGAAACACAGACGCCUCUUCAUCUUGGAGGAUAUGGAGCCAGACUACGUCGACGCCCUAGGUCAUCAUCUAGGUGUAGAUCCUUUGGUUUUCAGCGAACAAAUGAAUACCUGGAACUUUACGGACUCCUGGUCUAUCCCGCACAGGGGGCUGCCUUCGAUGUCAAUACCAGAACAGUCGUUCACCUUGCGCUAUUACGAACUGCGCACCUUGCUCGAGCCCAAAUCGGUCGACGUUCUUAGCUUACAAACGUCAUUUGCAGUCAAUCGGCGCAGGUAUGAAAGGUGGAGAGAUAUCGAUAUACCUUCGCUGGGCAAGCCCGACCGAAGACAUGCUUUUGUGAGACGAUGCGCGUCAUUCUGGACAUCGCAGGGCUCGUUGUCAGAUGGAACACCAGAUGAUCUGGGGUGGGAUGCUGUUAUCCUUGUAGACCCCGCAUUUGCUGCUACUUGCGCUGUACCACCUGCAAAGCCCACAAAACCAGAUGAACUCAAGUUCAACGGACUUCCAAUAGACCCAAGCGCACUCAAGACUCUGGACGAAUGUCAGAUCCUGCAGGCCGAGAAGCCAUUCAAAAGUAGGUCGGCGCUCUGGAGAGCGCAAGACUGGGGUGCACCUCCAGCCCUCCAGGGAACUCCCCAUUGGAGUUGGCCGUAUCAUAACGGAUGCUCUACGUUGGCUCCAUUGAUGUUCUCCGAAGUCGGUAUGCGAGCAAAGGAGGCAAACGUUGGGAUAUUCCAGAAGAAGCGGAACCUCACGAGUGCCAUGGACGAGAUGGUGUUCUACUGGACGAAGCUCGCCACUCCCGACCUCAUCAAGAAAACGAACGAGAAGUCAUCCAACUCUGCGUUUUACCUCCUCAAACACGUCGCGCAGCACUGGGUGAAUCAGCUGGAACUCAUGAACACUACUAUCGCCAGAGCCGAAUGGUUCUCCGACGACUAUCAAGCUAAGAUUGACGACAACUUGAGUAAGCAGAAAUGGAAAAACGAUCUACUCAAGAUCAACGAAAUCGCGAAGGAUAUCAACUACAUGCGCCGACAUUUAAACCACUUUUGGCGCGCCAUGUACCUGAAUCUUGAACGUUUGGGAGUCCAAUUAGGUUCCGAGAGCGUCGACAGAGACGCGUCCUUAGCACUACAAGGUGCACAAAAGGACUUCCUCACCAUUCACACAAGGAUGCAACCUUUGCGCGAUCGCGCGGAGGCCUUGAACUCCGUCUCAAACGAUCUCGCCAACCUGCGCGCGGCAUUCAGAGGCGUUUCAGAUGGCGAAUUCAGCCUGCGUCUUAGUUUGUUCGCCUCUGUUGUCUUUCCGCUCACAUUGCUCGCGGGCAUCUUUAGCAUGGGCGAUGAUUUCCGGCCUGGAAAACCGCAGUUCUAUAAGCUCUGGGCCAUCGGUGUGCCUGUCUGCUUGGUAGUCGCGCUUGGACUGGUGUACGGAAGGCGGCCAUGGGCGGUUACUAUCGAUAUUUGGGAGUACGUAAGAGUUCGGCUCGAGGACCUUCAGCUGGUGAAACCCAAGAAUGGGAAGGCUGCGCAAAAACCAGUCAAGACUGGCAUUGAAGAGCACAAAGUGAAGAAGAGCAGAUCUAUAGAGCAAGAAAGUCUGAAGAAAAGAGCAAGCCGAAGGAAUCGCGAUGAAGAACAUGGUGACUAUUGA